AUGUCAAGGGUGUUCACGAAAGCAGCAAGGAGUCGCCAAAAAAAUGCCGAAGAAGAGGAAAUUGAGGAGAUGGAAAUGUUUGGACUGUUGGGAACCGAUCAUACCCUCAAAAAUGUCGCCCGUUGUAUGCGAAUGCCAUACGAAGAAACCACUGCCAUCGAGCGUUCACUCUUCUACGAACUCCUCCAGUCAAGACAAAUGACCGAAAUAUUUCUCAAGAUCCGCAACACCGCUCUUCUAGUGUGGCACAUGAAUCGGCAAGUUGAAUGCACCACGGAAGACGUGAAAAAUCGGCUGGAGACUCCAUUCAAGUAUUAUGCAAUAAUGAUUCAAAACAUUGUCCACUACCUUACGAGGCAUGGCAUUAUAAACUUUGGUUGUUACCACCAUGAGUCUCAUCUCGAAUACCAAAUCCCGAGAGAACACCAAAAUGUCCUUGUAAUUGGCGCCGGAGCUGCUGGAAUAGCCGCCGCCACUCAAUUGUCGGAUCUUGGAUUCCGACCAACCAUAUUUGAAGCUCGUCAACGAAUCGGAGGGAGAGUUGCCAGUAUGUGGCAUGAUGGAGCUCUAUUGGAAGUUGGGUGCGACACGUUGAGAAACCUUGAUACUUCUCCAAUAAACACCCUACUGUGUCAGAUGGACAUUGAAACAACUUUCUACAUGGAAAACGAGUUGAUUUAUAAGGAUGGACACCGAUUAUCUGAGCAACGGAAGCAUUUGUUCAAAACCUUGUACCAAAAUCUUCAAGGCUCCAUUGAUCAUGUUGCUUUUGAAAAAGAGCACCGCUCUGAAGACAAUGGAAUGUACGUCUCGAGGCAACAGAUGUACGAGAACAUGUUCAAUCAGAUUGAACGGAGAACACUAGUAAACUUUCAUAACCACGCGAAAGAAAGUAACAAUCUCACACAGAGAAUGGAAAUGUUAUCCAAAACUUUGGAGACAUUACGGACAGCUGCUUUGAGGGGAGAAGAAAAGUACAAGGAGAUUCCAAAAGAGGAUUAUAUUCAACGUCGAUCAGUGAACUUAAAACUGAAAAAAGCCAUGGAGAAAUUUGAUGACGCAAUAGAGGAAUUCGACGCUCUCCGAGCUCGGCUGAAUGCCCACAACCAAAUGCAACCCAGCCAACAAUACAUGUCGCCGGACGAUUUCCGAGACUUCAACGCUCAUUUGGGACUUGAGGAGUACCUAACUGGAACCCAACUGGAAACAGUACAGUUCUCCAGCAACACUAGGAACUUCUUGCCAGAAGGACCAGCUGCAUCAGUUAAGCAAGGAGUUGGGUCCAUAUUCGAAGAGCUCGCCGAGAAAUGCAGAAUUCCAAUUCUAUUCAAGCAUACAAUCACUGAAAUCGACACUUCUGGCAAGGAUUCAGUCCGAGUGCAGUUUGAAACCCCCAAGGGAUCAGCGGCGAUGACCUUCCGGUACGUGGUGUGCACUCUACCGCUCGGAGUUUUAAAAAAAACAAUCUCCAAUGAUCAGCGAGCUCCUAUCUUCAAGCCGCCGCUCCCGCCAAAUAAAGUGGACGCGAUCAAAUGCCUCGGAUGGGGUCUAAUAAACAAGAUUACCAUGGGUUUUCCGGACCCGUUCUGGCGGACGUUCAGAGACGAACAGACGCAAUUCGCAAGGAUUCCAGAGAUAACUGAAAGGAGCUACAUGUUAUCAUGGACGUCACCGCCAAACUCGAACUCUAUCACCACCUACAUCGUCGCCCAUCGCACUGUCCACGACAAAUCUGAGAAUGAACACGUGGACGCCGCAAUCAAGUGCCUGAAGGAGAUUUUCCCGGAUUGCCCCGACCAGCCGCUGUUCAGUUUAUGCACAAGGUGGCACAACGACCCGUUGGCAUUCGGCACGGGAACCUUUAUGAGCCUUCGCUCGGAGCCGAAACACUUCGAGGACAUUUCCGAAGCGAUUCGGACUAAAGAUGGGCUGAAGCGGUUGUUCUUCGCUGGCGAACACACCGAUGCCACGGAGUACGGAACAAUCAAUGGAGCAUGGCUAUCGGGAGUUCGAGCGGCUGCAGAGUUGGCCAAUGACUAUUUGGGAUCAGGAUUAAUUGACGGAUCCGAUGUUCAAAUCCCAUUAGCAGACGAUGACUUUGAGCCAACAGCCGAUCAUUAUUUGCCAAAAGAAGAAAGUUUCUUGCAGCCACCUCCCGAGCUUCUUAUCCCAAAAGAGGAACCUAUUUAA